GCUGCCCUGUGCCAAAGGGGUGGCACUGCUGGGGGGUGACAGGGACAGUGCCAGGGGUGGCAGUGCCAGGGGGCAGGAGGUGCCCCUGCUCUGCACUCCCCUCUCCCACAGCUGCACCAUGGCCAUCGAGGAGCUGCGCAGCGGCCGCUUCUGGCGGGGGGUGCUGGCAGAGCUGCUGGCCACCCUCAUCUUCGUGGGGGUGGUCCUGGGGGCUUCGGCAUCCCCAGAGCAGCUGGCACCGGCCCUGGCAGGGGGGUUGGUGGCCGGGGGGCUCCUCUGCACCCUCGGGGGUCCCCAGGCCAACCCUGCAUUGACGCUGGCCCUGCUGUGCACCCGCAAGCUGAGCGCCCUGCACGGGGCCCUGGGGGUCCUGGCCCAGUGCACGGGGGCCACGCUGGCCUCUGCUGCUGCCCGGGCAGCGCUGCAGGAUGGCACCGGGCUUGUCACCAGGGUGAGCACGGCGGGGACAGCAGGGACAGCGCUGGCAUGGGAGACCUUUGCCACCUUCCAGCUGGCACUGGCUGCCUUUGCCACCUCUGAACACGCAGCCCCACAGGCCGGGCUGGCCCUGGGCAGUGCUGUGGCCGCCGGUGCCCUGGCUGCUGGGCCGUUCUCGGGGGGCAGCAUGAACCCCGCGCGCUCGCUGGGGCCGGCCAUCGUCACCGGGCUCUGGGAUGAUCAUUGGGUGUACUGGCUGGGCCCGGUGCUGGGCGCGGUGCUGGCCGGGCUCUCCUACGAGUUCAUCCUGGCACCGGGAGCGUCCCGGGAGAAGCUCAGCGCCUGCCUCGCCUGCCGGGACGUGGCUCUGGUGGAGACCCCCAGCCUGUCCCCCUCCUCGGUGUCCCAGUGCCCCCCACCACCGCCCCCGGGCGAGCAGGGCACUGCCUGAGCCCCCCAAUUCCACAGCAGCCCCCCGAUCCUUCCAUGGGGCACCCACAGGGUGGGCUUGGUGCCCCCUCCCCUUUUAUCCGAGUGGGUAGGGGGGAUUAAAAGUGUGUUGGGGUCGCAGGUGGGUGCGGAGCGAUGCUGUGAGGGGACCGGGGAGGGGGUCUCGAUAACGGCACAGCGACACCGGGGGGCUGCGGCACCGCGAUACCGGGGGGCUGCAGCACCACGACAUUGCGGUACCGGGGGGCUGCGGCACCGCGAUACCGGGGGGCUGCGGCACCGCGAUACCGGGGGGCUGCGGCACUGCGACACCGGCGAGGCCGGCCCUCCCCGCGGGUUCUCCCUCCCCGCAUCCCCCCGGUGAGGGCGGGGGCCGGGACCCCCCGUCAGCCCCGUCCCGUGCCGGGGAGCUGAGCGCAGCAAAGCCCUUUGUGGUGUCCUCUGCAGCCCCGGCAGAUUCCGCCGGGCACCAAUGGCCGGGCCGGGCUUUAAUCCCCCCGGCCGGGGACUCAGCGCCCGCUAAGCCCGCCUGAAUAAACCAAACCCUCCCGCAGACAACAGCACCGGGGAGGGGGGGGGACACCCCGCAGCCCCCACCCCACAGCCCCCACCCAGCGCCCCUCCCACUGGGGGUUGCCCCAAAGUGUCCCCAAAAACCUUUAGGGGGGUGGGAGGUGCGGCAGUGCUGGCCCCCAGCAAGGGGGUCCCUUAAACCCCACUGA